AUGUAUUUUAUUCUAGAUAACCUACUGGAAAUUAAAGUGCCCGAGGGUAUUCUUUCUCUUUUUGCUGGUGAAAAGAGAAGUGUUUACUGCUUCGUUGAAGAACUGCCCCCACCAACAGUCAGGUGGCUUAAGAACAACAAGAUUCUCAAGGAGAGAAAAAGUCAACAAGGCAAAUACCUAGUAGACCUCGCUCUUAAUUUUCCUGAGGUAGAUUUACAUCACGCCGGGAAUUACACUUGUGAAGCAAGCAACAAUAACACAGUAACUAACAAAAGCACUAUCCUCGUCACUGUUUCAUGUAAGCAUUUAUUUAUUUGUUAAUAAAACAAGGUUGUUUCCCCAUCCGUAUCAGUCCUUGACACCCCUGCGUGUCUUUAAUUUGCAAAGUGAUAGAGUCAUAAAUUAAAAUGACCAUUGCAGCCUGGAUGCCAAACCAAUUAUAUUUUAAAAUGAUUUUAAAGUAUUUAAAGUUUGACUAUUUGAACACUAUUUUUAAGUCAUCUUCCUGUAUUUAAUUCUAGAAAACAAGUUUAAAUUAUCGCCCCUGUUUGAAACAGAACUGAUCUUAAGUGUAGUUAAAUUGUAUUUCAUCAAAGGGAGAAGAUUUGCAAUGCAUUUUAUUGCAACGUCAACUUAACAAAAAAGAUAACAUUUUUCUAUUAUUGUUAUAUCUUUACCAAACACUACAAGGAACCAUCCUAAGUGAGAUUUGAGCAAAGUUUUUUUCUUCUGAAGCCUUCAUAAAAAGAUAAAAGAUCAAAAUCCGAGCAUUUCCGAAGUGACCGCGCGAUUGACUUGAGAAAAUGCUACAGGCUAUGUGACGUCACAGCUGUGAGCUGAAGCGAACAUAUCGCUGAAGCGACAAAGUGGUUGUACCUAGCACCAGUUUUCCCCGUCCUGUUUCUGUUUUUACCUUUUUAAAAGAUUAACAAUGACCGAUAAACGGCCAAUAAACGUCCAGUAAACGAAACGCUGGAGUUUUCAAACUGGGAGGUGGGUGCGUAGAGAUUUGUCUUAACAAAGAAAUGUAACCGUCUACCAGUGAGUUAUUAUUUGACCCUAGCGCCCAGGUCAAGAUGAUGUGAAAGUACUCAACGUUUUGCAUUCCGUCCAAAGCUAGAGCGUUACUAAGUGGACAUGUAAGAAUAGCGGAUAUUGCAUAGUGUUAAUUAACUCCCACGAGGAAGAAAAUCUAACCAGGUUUUUUGGACUCUCUCCCUCGGAGUCUUCAGUGUUUAAAGUGUGAUCAGAGAAGUUUACAGUAUACCGAAUUAACCUGUUGAAAAUGCAAAAAACUGGUUCGUGAUACUCUUCUAAGUAGAUACAACAUAUAUCCAAUUCACUCAAAUCGCGUUGAAACUUAGUAAAAACAAAUACAACGACAACAGGUAACAAUAUGAACACUUUGCUGAUAACUUUUAUCGCUUUUAGUUGAUUUAUUUUAUCUGAGUUUCAUAUCCAAUACAAAUUCUUUAUUUCCCAUACAAACUGUCAUAUUACGCUUGGGUGACCUGUGGUAAGCCAUCUGAUUUAAGUCAUUUGUGAAGCCUAAUUUCAAGAGUGUAAUUAAAGAUAACGUCGCCAUUACACAGUAAUUUCAUACUAUUUCAAACGAAUGGUUGAUAUGAACAGAGUCAAAACAUAUGCAUGAUAAAUGUGUGGGGCUAUAUGGAAGUCUUAUGGCAGCAAGUGACCAUUUUAAAAUCAAGAUGAUUUUUAUGAAGUAUUUUCUGUAAUGUUGAUCAGAAAAGUUACGAGAUUCGGAAUUUCGAUACUCUGUGCAUAAAUCCAGUCAUCAUUGAGACAGCGUUCAAUUUAACAAAUAAAGAAGCCUUGACUGUGCUCUGUUCUGUUGUAGAUGUAAAGCACACAGGAAGCGGCUAGAGCACAAACGAUGUGUAUCGGGAAACACGUGAUAUAGUCAAGUGUUUCUCCCUACUUCUUGAGUACUUUACAACAGAAGAUAGCACAGUCAAGACAACUGCUUUAUUUGAACAUUGUUUUAUGAUAAUGAAUCCGUUAAAUUUCCCCAUGUAUUUCUCUCUACUUUUCAAAACAAACUACCGGCAUAUGUCAUAUAGCUCCGUGUUUUAUUCUCUCAUUAAGCACGCUUUUUCAACCAAUCAGAGUGCGUGUUAUAUCUGAACUCUAUUAUAACAAUAUUUAAAAAAUGAAGGUCUGAUGAGCCUCUGGAUGAAUAUAAUUAUAUUAAUCACUUCUAUUGAAAACGACAAACGACAAAUCCAAAAUUGGGGGGCUCUCUUACAUGUAACAUAUUCCGCUAUCUGGAGAUUUAGCAAAAGAUUGUUAGUAAUUUAUUUAAGAUAGUGAUUCAGGUGUUAAUUAGGUCAUGUCCGAAUUUUUCUGGACGGCUUAAGUUAGGAUCGAUUCCCUUUUCAUAAAGGGCUAGCGUUUGAGACCUCAUCUUUGGUAUAUAUCUUAUUUCGAGCUGACCAAUCUUCUUUUCAACCAUUUAUUGUUGCGUUUUGGCAGAACCGCAGUUGUUUUUUUUCUAGAAUUAAACCAGUUUAUCCAAUUUUCACAACAGGUCCACCAACAGUACCUCAGCUAAAUGCCCUUCCCCUAGAUGUGGCACAAAACGGCAAUGCAAAUUUGAGUUGCGAGGCCAACCAGCUAAACGCUCGACAAAUGGCUUCAUACAAGUGGAAAUGGAUGUUUAAAAACGGGCGAGAAAUAACAAAUGUAUAUGGGAAGUAUAAAAUACUCAGCACGUUUUCACAGCCCAAUUCUUGUCAACAAACGAAAGGUGCCGUUUAUCUUCAAGUUGAAAAUUUAACCAGGGAAGAUCUUGGAACAUACAUGUGUGCACUUCUUGAGUCAGGCACGAAAACUGCUGUAGCGGACGUCCCAUUCUAUGAAUAUAGUAAGUUGCGUGUUCUGAACUGUAUCUACCUUGUAAGGUUUGAUGAAAAUUACAAUUUCCUGAUAAUUAGAGUUACAAUACCUCCGAGACGGACAUCCCAUCAGGUAUUACUAUACCACUACCACCGCCAGACACCCCAGGCCACUUACAUUGGUUGUACUCACAGAAACCUUAGCGCAUGACUGACUGAACACAAACGAGCGGCAAGAAAUGUUAAUUGAAAAACUCACAUUCCAGACAAACCAUCGAAUCGACUGGAAUUCUGACUGGACAGCCGACUAUAUCGACUAUGAAUAAAAAGGACCGUCAUAACUCUGACAAAAGACAAAUCGAAAAGCACUAAUAAAAUUACGAGUCUUUAUGAAAAUUAUUUUGGGCUAAAAUGACAGAAGAUCAACAACAAAACCGCGACUUGAUUAUCCAAUCAGGCCAAAAACAGAGUUUGAUGCCAUCAGCUUUCAGGGCAUGACCAUCGAGGAGGUGACUACAUUUUUUGUAUGUUUGUGAGUGUUGGUGAAGUGGUGGCCAACACCUUUGUUUGUCAUUUAGUUUUGUUGUAUUUUAAUACAACAAAACAAGCCAACACACUCUUAAAAGAGCGUGUUGGCUUGUUGAUAGAACACAAACACAUUUCGGUGGAAGUUGUGUCGGCGUUGGUUUUACACUUUAUAGAGAUUUUGAUGAUUUCGAUUUUUAACCAAUAAAUUGUUAAAGAUGACUAAAUUACGAUAAUCCGAUUAUACCUUCUUUUUAGGAUUAAUUCUUAAAUCAUCCUGUGACUGUUCAUUUGGCAGUAAUAUAAAUGGCGUCAUUGUGACCUUAAAUGCACCAUUGCGACAUUAUUUUAUAAUAAUUGUUUACAUUUAUGAAUUUUUAUUGCUGUGCAAAUUUGGUGGUCAAUGAAUGAUAAGCAGUGUUAUAGUUUCACGCUGCUUGCUUCCGAUCUUGCCUCCUCCCUCCUUGGAGGAAGCCCAAAAAGGCCCGGCUCGGGUUCAGUCCAGAAAAAAAUGUUACAAAGUGUAGCUGUUGUUUUGGAAUCUAAGAGCGAAAGCUGCACUGGUAAACUGCUAUACGCUGCUGAGAGUUAAUUGAAUUGACUCUGGACAUGGAAAGAAGAGGUCGAGACUUGGCACGCAAUGCAAAACUACAGAUACCCCAUUCAUUCCUACCUGUUUGCUGAUGUUAAUGGGGUCGUUUUAUUAAAAUUGUUUGAAGUCUAAUAUUGAGCUCCUUUAAAAUGCUUUAUUUUCAGAAAGCUCUAACAUUCCACCACGCCCUGAAAUUGUAAAAAAUGACACCUUUGACUGCGGUCGUACGAUAAGAGUGGAGUGGAAAGAGAUGAAAGGAAGUGAAGUAACCGGAUAUGAACUCGUCAUAUUAUCACUAGCAGAUGAUUCCGAACAAAGAUUCGACCUGCCACAGAAAAAUCAUUCCAAGAUACUUGAUGUCCAAAGUAACAGUCUUUACGAAAUACAAAUCAGGGCAAAAAACGCGUUAGGCCAUAGUUUUUGGACAAAUCGUCAACUGGAAACGACUUCAGGUACUAGAUAA